AUGUCCACCACCGAGUUCAUGGAUGGCUCUGUGAGAAGCACCAACAACCUUGCGGACAUAGCUCAACGCAGCUACCUCAACAAUACUCUCACAUGGGCCACAGAGAAGGUCCUAGAAGCUCAAAGGGUUGAACAUGAUCCCAAGACCGGCCCCAAGGACAGGAUGAAUGUCCCCUCAGCAGUGAAGUGUGACAGCAUGACUCUGCCCAGCACCCCAACUGUUCGCAGAGGAAGCACUCCUCUGCCAAUAAAACACCAGCUCAGGCGAGAAGAAGCUGUCCAUGAUGACUGUGAGUGGACAUCGGGGGCAGCAGGACCUUCUGCCUCACCUCUCAGUUUCAGCCCUGCUUUGGACGACACUCCCACUGUGGCUGUAGAAGGCAGACAUGAAGGGCCCUUGAGGCUUGCCCUGCUGGGGCAAAAUGGCGUUGGGAAGUCCUCACUGGCUCUUGCCUUUGCCGGGGACAUGGACAGAACUGCGUCUGUGGAUUCUGAUGGGGAGGGUUAUAUUCGUACAGUCACUGUGGAUGAUGAGGAGAGUGCCAUCAUUAUCUAUGACAACUGGAAACAGGACCUGUCGGUUCUGCAGUCUGAGGUGUGCAUCCUAGUAUUUUCUGUGACCGACAGGCGCAGCUUCCACCGAACUGCUCAACUCCGACUUCUCUUAAGAGAGACUCAGCCUCAGACUCCCAUAAUCCUUGUCGGUAAUAAGAGUGACCUGGUUCGCACACGGGAAGUCACCUCUCAAGAGGCCAUGUCCAGCGCUGCCCUUUUCAACUGUCUGUAUCUGGAAAUCUCUGCCUCGCUGGACCAUCGUACACCUGAGCUCCUGGAGUGCGCUGUGCGGCUAGCCAGGGGCCAGCCUCCGUGGCCCCCGGGGACCAGUGCAGAGGACAUGUGUGGAGGAGGCCAGCGUGAAAGUAUUACCUCACGGGCCAAACGUUUCCUGUCUAGCCUGGUGCCUCGGUAUCCGCGGGAGCGAGAUGUAGGCAAGUUUCUAAGGCAGAAGUCCCGCUCGUGCCACGACCUUGGGGCGCUGUGAUCACAAGAAGUUUAGUAGUUUAAAUGUUACAAAAGCUGGUCAGAAAUGAUGUUAGUACACCAAGAGAGAGGAGGGGGACGAAGUGAUGCAGCACUUAUUGGACAGAGGAUGAGUGACAGAAGAAGUGUAAAGGUGCCAGAGUAACAACGGGAUGUUGUUACAUCACAGUGUGAAAGAUACACGGAGGAGAAAAACAGGCAGAAAAUAAGAAAGCAAAGGUUUAGAGGAGGUUUAGUUGCUUAAUACAAUAGAAAUUUUGUACACAACACUAACGAUAAA